CUUCCCCUAUCUAACUUUCUUUUCAGCCUCUUCCACCAUUUAUUUAUUUAAGUUAAGAUGGCAAAGUAAAAGAAAAUUGUCUGAUUAUUCUUAUUUUGGGGUCUCCAACAUUGCCCACUUUGUUGGGAAUUAAAUUCUGGGUUUCUUUCAAUUACAAUUCUCGAGAAUUUUAUGCCUUUCUUUUUGGGUUCUGAGUUAAAUAUGGAUGAGAAAUUCACAGUCGAGAUAGGGAAGUGAAGUUAGAGAUAGUUUUGGCUUCUGGGUUUUUGAUAAAAUGAGUAGGAGAAAGAGGAGAGGCUCGAAUGUUGAAGAGGCUGUGAAGUUUUUCAACCAUGUAAUGGAGGAGAAGCCUUAUCUUCCAUUUCUGGUUGCUUUGAUUUUGCUUGCUUGGUGUAUUGAAAGAUGGAUUUUCUCUUUCUCCAAUUGGGUUCCUAUUGUUAUUGCCGUUUGGGCAACUAUUCAGUAUGGAAGUUAUCAACGCCGAAUACUUGUUGAAGACUUGACCAAGAAAUGGAAACGAGUCGUACUGAAUACCUCGCCUGUAACUCCGUUAGAGCAUUGUGAGUGGUUGAAUAGAAUGGUAACAGAAGUAUGGCCCAACUUCAUUAGCCCAAAACUUUCAACAAGGUUCUAUUCUAUUAUUGAGAAACGUCUUAAGCACAGGAAAUCAAGGCUCAUUGAAAGAAUAGAGCUGCAGGAGUUUUCAUUGGGUUCAUGUCCACCUAGCUUAGGUCUUCAAGGGACUCGUUGGCUGACUUCAAAUGAUCAGAGAUUCAUGCGUUUGGGAUUUGACUGGGACACAAAUGACAUGAGUAUUUUGUUGCUUGCUAAGUUGGCCAAGCCGUUCAUGGGAACUGCUCGGAUUGUUAUAAAUAGUCUACAUAUUAAGGGUGAUCUUCUCCUGAUGCCAAUUCUUGAUGGGAAAGCAGUUUUGUACUCAUUUAUAGCAGCUCCUGAAGUGAGAAUUGGAGUUGCCUUCGGGAGUGGUGGAAGUCAAUCUUUACCUGCCACAGAGCUCCCUGGUGUUUCUUCUUGGCUGGUUAAGAUUUUUACUGAAACCUUAAUGAAGACAAUGGUUGAACCUCACCGUCGUUGUUUCUCAUUGCCAGCAGAGGACUUACAGAAAAAGGCUGUUGGUGGAAUUAUAUAUGUAACAGUCAUUUCAGGAAAUAGACUUUUAAGGAGUAGCUUGAGAGGAAGCCCCUCCAGAAAGCAAGAGGAUUGUCCUGAUAGAAGUUCAGAAGGGCAAUUUGUUGAUCGAGAUUUGCAGACAUUUAUUGAGGUUGAGCUUGAAGAUUUGACUAGGAGAACCAGUGCGAGAUCUGGAUCAUCUCCUAGAUGGGAUUCCACGUUUAAUAUGGUUUUACAUGAAGAAUAUGGAACUUUACGGUUCCAUCUUUACGAGUGUACCCCAGGCAAUGUGAAGUAUGAUUAUUUGGCAAGUUGUGAAAUUAAGCUAAAAUAUGUGAAAGACGACUCCACAAUAUUUUGGGCUACAGGAACCGACUCCACUGUGAUAGCCAAACAGGCUUACACUUGUGGAGAAGAAGUUGAAAUGGUUGUUCCAUUUGAGGGAGUCAGCUCAGGGGAGUUGACAGUAAAGCUUGUUCUAAAGGAAUGGCAAUUCUCUGAUGGUUCACACAGCUUGAACAAUUUUCGUGUUAACUCCCGACAAUCACUAAAUGGCUCCUCAAAUUUUCUGCCAAGAACUGGAAGGAAAAUAUACAUAACGGUUAUGGAAGGGAAGGAUCUUAGUAUGAAAGACAGAUCUGGAAAGUGUGAUCCAUAUGUUAAAUUGCAAUAUGGAAAGGUUAUUCAGAAAACAAAAACUGCUCAUUCAUUAAAUCCUGUUUGGAAUCAGAAGUUUGACUUUGAUGAGAUAGGAGAUGGUGAUUACCUAAAGAUUAAAUGCUUCAGUGAGGAAAUCUUUGGGGAUGAAAACAUUGGUAGUGCACGUGUAAACUUGGAAGGACUUAAUGAGGGGUCAGUCAGGGAUGUUUGGAUACCUCUUGAAAAAGUCAGUUCUGGAGAACUAAGGCUUCAAAUAGAAGCGGUCAGAGUUGAAGACUUUGAAGGGUCAAGGGGUUCAUCAAAGGGCUCAGGAAAUGGAUGGAUUGAACUUUCUCUCAUUGAAGCAAAAGACCUUAUUGCUGCUGACCUUAGAGGAACAAGUGACCCAUAUGUAAGAGUUCAAUAUGGGAACUUGAAGAAAAGAACAAAGAUUAUGUAUAAAACUUUGAACCCAAAGUGGAAUCAGACUUUGGAGUUUCCAGAUAAUGGCAGCCCCCUAAUUUUGUAUGUAAAAGACCACAACGCUUUGCUGCCUACAUCAAGCAUAGGUGACUGUGUUGUUGAAUACGAUAGAUUGCCUCCGAAUGAGAUGUCUGACAAGUGGAUACCCCUCCAAGGGGUGAAAAGGGGAGAGAUUCAUAUUCAGAUCACAAGAAAAGUUCCAGAAUUACUAAAGAGAGCCAGUUUAGAUUCUGAACCUUCGUUGGCUAAAGCACAUGACAUUUCUAGUCAGAUGAAACAAAUGAUGAUCAAGUGUCGGUCUUUAACAAACAAUGGCAAUCUUGAAGAACUGUCUGCAGCCUUGAGCGAGUUGGAAAGCCUUGAGGAUACGCAAGAUGACUACAUGGUUCAGCUCGAGACCGAGCAAAUGCUUCUGCUGAACAAGAUAAAGGAACUUGGUCAGGAAAUUUUCAACUCAUCUCCUUCCCUAAGCAGAAGAUCGUCACCAAAUUGAGCUAAUCUUCCUAGUACAUUGGUAAUUUUGAACCAUAAAAUUAACCAGUAAAGAUUAUAUACAUAAUGACCUGCUACAAAGUUUUCAAGUUCAUAUCAACCUGUUGCUGCAUAUUUCUCUUUAUAUGAAUGCCCUGAAAUCUUCUCUAUCACACGGUGUUCUGUAAAUUUCAAUUGUAAUUAGCUAUAGUAAAAUUUUACUCCAGAAGUUUAUGUAAUAGAAACCUUGGUUGAAUAAAAGAUAGGUUUUUUUCCCUA